AGUUUUCAAGUUUCAACUUUGAAGAGUUUGUUCAUCGUCUGCCCCUUCCUCUGGAGUUUCUGUGCCGAGAUUGGAGCCACCAUGGCGAUCUCAAAGCUCGCCACACUAUUAAUUUUUCUAGCCCUAGUUUUCACGCACGGCUGCGCCGAUGUAUCGGUUGAUGGAGAAGUGGAAAAUAUAGUUGAAGUCGUUAGAUCGGAUGAUUCCGAUCUUUCUAUUUUGAAGAUCGAACUGCAAGAGCUUAAGUCCAAGAUCCAAACGCUUGAAUCCAACCUUGAUGAAAAAAACCAAGAAUUGAAGAGGAAGGAUGAGGUAUUAGCUCAGAAGGAAAAGAUCAUUAGCGCCAAGCUAGAUAGCAUUUCAUUGCUUGAAAGCGAGAUUGCUUCUCUCCAGAAAAAAGAGAAACUAGACGCUGAGGAGCAGGUUGGGAAGGCGUAUGCACGUGCUCAUGAAUUAGAAAGACAGGUUGAUGAUCUCAAAAGGCAAUCGGAGAUACUGAACGGGGAGAAAGAAUCCUGGGAAACUCUAGCAAAUGAAGCCGAGAAGAAAACGAAUGACGCCAGUUUAAAAUUGAAGAAUUUCCAGAAGAUUCAUGAAGAACAGAAGACUAGAAUUCGUGUAACUGAACAGGCUCUUGAAGUGUCUAAGGAAGAGAUGAUGAAGGCAAAGUUUGAGGCUGCUUCGAAAAUUAAAGAAUUGACAGAGGUUCAUGGUGCGUGGCUGCCGCCUUGGCUUGCUACACAUUAUGGCCAUUUUCAGUUUUUUAUCACAACACGCUGGAAUGAGCAUGCAAAACCUGCAAUUGAUGUAGUAAUUGAGAAGGCUUUGGAUAAGGCAGCACAAGCAGAAAAAUGGGCUGAACCCCAUGUUAAAACAGUGAAAGCAAAAUAUAUCCCGGCUGUGAAGGAAAGAUGGUUGGUUGUAAAAACAAAUGUUAAACCACAUGUCGAGACUUUAACCACAAAAACUGUUGAAUUUUACAAGACGUCAAAGAGUGUGAUAACUCCUUAUGCAGUUAAAUCAAAAGAAGCUAUUGGUCCGUACUAUCUGGAAGUUAAGAAGUUCAGCAAGCCAUAUGUUGAUCAGGUAGCUACUGUUACAAAACCUCAUGUUGAAAAGGUUAGGGUGGUAUUGAAGCCCUAUACGAAGAAAUUAGUUCAUGCAUCUGGAAAAUUUCUAGAAUCUGCGGCUGUAUACCAUCAAAAGGUUCAAGGUACUGUUAAAGAGACUCUUCAUAAACACGAAUUGAUCAGGCCCCUCGCAACUAGAGAGUUGGAAUGGUUUGCGGCUUCUGCUAUAUUGGCUCUUCCUAUUAUUUUGCUGUUCAACAUAUGCUCUGCCAUUUUCUGGAAAAAACCAAAGAAACCUGCUCGAAACGCAAACGUCCACCAUGCACGUCGUAAGGGUAAAAGAGGACAUCCUGACAAGUAGAAGAGCGUCGUUGCUAAAUUUUAAAGUAAAUGUUCUCCAUGUAGCACAACCUUAGUCAUCUGAAUCUGUUUGUUUGGCCCUCGAUUGUUUGCCGAUGCCAUUCGAACGGGCAGCUAUGGUGGUUCUUGAGUGCCACCUUGGCCAUAAACUAAUAAUUAUUUAAAAUUUUCUUUUAAAAAGUCCUGCAGCAUAUUCUUUCAUCUUUUGUGAUAGCAUUUUAGACUCCUUAGGUUAUCAUGAGAUAGUCAGAGCCUAUAGCCCAUACAAGUUGAUGUAGGAUAGUAUGUUGCGUAAUUUUAUUCGAGUCGUUUUCAUUUUUCUCCCAACAACGAACUCUUAGAUUAAACACAUGUAACAUUAUUUCCCUAUAUGAAAAAUUGCACUUAUUUUGAUUCC